AUGUCUUUCGCAGACGAGAAGAAAUCCGAUCUUUACGGCAAUGAAGCCGUUGAGGCCUCCGAGGAGGCCACGGAUAUCAUUGAGUAUUCCGAAGCAGAGCAGAAAAAAAUCAUACACCGUAUUGAUAGACGUCUAGUCAUUAUUACCGGUAUAAUUUACUGCAUUUCGAUCAUAGACAGGAGUAAUAUCGGCAGCGCAGCCGUUGCAGGGAUGCCAAAGGACUUGGGUAUGAAUACAAAAAAUAAUGCAUACUCGAUCGCUACUUUGAUGUUCUUCGUCUCGUAUAUCUUUUUCGAAGCGCCUGGAGUCGUAGGAUGUCGAAAAUUCGGUCCACGUGUAUUCCUGCCGGUUAUUUGUUUGCUAUGGGGAAUCUGCGUCACCUGUAUGGGCCUUGUGAAGACAUGGCAGCAGUUGCUAGGAAUGAGAUUGAUUCUCGGUGCUUUGGAGGCCGGAUAUUUCCCUGGAGCUUCCUAUCUUCUGAGUACUUGGUACAAUCGAUACGAACUAGGAAGACGUUUUGCAGCUUUUUAUGUCAUCGGCUCCGUCGCCAAUGCGUUCACUGGAAUUAUGGCUUACGGUUUAAUGCAAAUGAACGGCGUUGGUGGUCUAGCUGGAUGGAGAUGGAUCUUUAUCAUCGAAGGUCUCUUAACCUGCGUGAUCGCAGUUUUCGGAUACAUCUUCAUCCCACCAUUCCCCGAUGACCCGAACGCCCAUAAGACCUGGGGUUUCCUUAAUCGAUCUGAAGUCAACUAUGUCAUCCGAAAAGUCGAAGCCGAUCGUGGUGAUACCCAACUGGAGCCAUUUACCCUCAGUCGAUUCUUCCAGGGAGGAAAGGAUUGGAAGUGCUUCGCUUUUGGCAUGAUGAUUUGCAUGUGCACGAUUCCUGCUUAUGCGUUAGCCUUCUUUUUGCCAUUGAUUCUCAAUCAAGGAAUGGGAUACUCUGUUGCUAAGGCUCAGCUCAUGACUGCCCCUCCGUACAUCAUCCAAGCCGUAUAUCAAUUCACCUUCGGCUACGUCAGCGAUAACUACAGAGCCAGAGGUCCUUUCAUCAUUUUCAACUGUGUUCUUGAGAUCAUGGGACUCGCCGUUAUGGGCUGGGCUCCAAACGUUGGUGGUAGAUAUUUCGGUGUGAUCAUGACCUGCUGCGGAAUGGCAGCAAAUCUACCAUUAGUCUUUACCUAUCAAUCCAACAACGUCCGUGGCCAAUGGAAGAGAGCCUUCUCAUCUACUAUCAUGGUCAGUAUGGCUGCUGUCGGUGGUAUUAUUGGUAGUUUGGUAUUCCGACCUCAAGAUGCUCCGAGCUACAGACCUGGGUUGUACACUUGUUUUACAGGUGCCAUCUUGACUAUACUCCUCACGGCUUUCUUUAUUGUCUACUUCAAGUGGGCUAAUAAGAAGGCAGAUCGUGGGGAGAAGGUCUUGGAAGGAUCGGAGUCGUUUAGAUAUACCAUCUAG